AUGGAUUUCAAUCCAUUUCAGGACUCGGCUAAUUUUGUUGAUCUACUCCAUAGUCAACAAAAUGUUGUCUUUGGCAGUCAAGGACGUGUUCCACUCUCUUCAACGCAAGUGCCGCCUUCUGGCAGUCAAGGACGUGUUCCACUCUCUUCAACGCAAGUGCCGCCUUUUGGCACUCAAGCCGCAGAGCUUCCAGCAGAGCGUAAGGAAAGAAGGACGUGGAUAGUCACAGAGGACAUAGUGCUUAUUAGCAGCUGGCUCAACACGAGCAAAGACCCUGUCGUAGGGAAUGAGCAGAAGUCAGCAACUUUCUGGACAAGAGUUGCAGCAUACUUCUCGGCGAGUCCAAAACUUGCUGGAUGUGAAAAACGCGACGGGAAUCAGUGCAAGCAACGUUGGCACAAGCUGAAUGAAGCCGUUUGCAAGUUUUCUGGGGCGUAUGAGGCAGCCACAAGAGAGAAAACCAGUGGCAUGAAUGACAACGACGUCCUAAAACGUGCCCACGAAAUCUACUUCAACAACCACCAAAAGAAGUUUGUCCUUGAGCAUGCGUGGAACGAGCUUCGCAACGACCAGAAGUGGUGUGAUCUCGCUACAUCUAAAACUGAAACAAGCUCCAAAAGGAGGAAGUUCGCGGAUGGUUCACAUUCAGGAGCAUGCUCUCACGUCAAUGAAUGCAAUGCUGGUGGAGAAGGAACAUCUCGUCCCCCUGGUGUUAAGGCUGCAAAAGCUGGAGGAAAGAAGCCACAUGUCGCGGGGGAGGAUGUGUGUGAUUAUCAGCUCAUGUGGAGCAUCAAGAAGGAUGACUUGGCAAUGAAGCAACAGCUCUCCAAGAUGAGAGUACUUGAGAAGCUUCUUGCCAAGGAAAAUCUAGAGGAUUAUGAAGAAGAUCUCAAGAAAAAGAUCAGUUUAGAGUUAAUGUAA